AUGGCUACCAAAAAUACAUCAUCAUCGUCGUCAAAUGAAGCUGAUAAAGUGCCAUCCAAUUUUUCCUUGUGCUUUAAAAAGGUAGCAUCAAUUAAUAAGCAACUGGAAGACAUUAACAACCGUCUUACCGCAGAUGAAAUAAAUAAUUUGGACGAGGCUGAUCUUUCUGUGCGUCUUGAAUAUGUUGAAAAAUUAAAUCAAAAUUUUGAACAGUCUGUAUCAUUUUUGGAAGAAACUAGUGAUGUUGAUAUGGAUGAUACGAUUCGAUCAAAUUUUAUGACAUCAUAUUUUGAGGUUACUGCCAAGCUUAAGCGCAAGUUAGGUGCCAACACCAAUCAACGUGCAGCUUUCCGAUCAUCAACUCUUCGCCAGUUUUCUGUGGAUGAACCAGUUACUGUUCGUAAAACAAGGUUACCGGAACUUCGAAUUCCCCAGUUCAGCGGUUCAUACACAGAGUGGCCUGCAUUCUUUGCAAUGUUUUCUACUGCAAUAGCAAGUGAUAUGGAUUUAUCUAACCUAGAAAAGUUUCAACAUUUGAAGACUAGUUUGACUGGUGCAGCGCUGGACACCAUCUCGUCUUUAGAGCCUACCGAUUCUAAUUAUGAAAAGGCUAUCGAUUUACUUAAGAAUCGUUUUGAUAAUAAAUUACUUCUUUUUCAAACCCAUAUUAAGGAAAUAUUUGGCUUGCAUAGUGUGGAUAAAAAUUCGGCUUUGAGUCUUCGGCAGCUUAGUGAUAAGCUUAACGCACACGUAAGAGCUUUGGAUACAAUAUGUUCCAAGGAGCAAAUGGCAGAUGGAUUAUUAAUUUAUUUAAUUACGUCAAAGCUAGAUUUACAAAGCCUAGCAAAAUGGGAGGAGCAUUUACAUAACGAUAAAUUGCCCUCGUGGGAUUCGUUGUCGUCAUUUUUGGAUAGAAGAUGCCGUAUGCUUGAAAAUCUUGAAAGUUCCAUUAAACCGAAAUCACCCAAUCAUCAGGUAAACAAGAAAACUAAUUUUCAUGGACGAAAUGUGCUAAUAGCUUCAGGAGCCACACAGAUGUGUACAUUUUGUGAAGCGAAAGAUCAUUACAUAACAACCUGCCAAAGUUUUGAAAAAUUAUCUCCAACACUUCGAUUCAAAGAAUCGAAGAGAUUAAACUUAUGUCUAAAUUGUUUGAGGAAAGGUCACAGACUUUGGAAGUGUAAAUCAGGAACUUGCCGAUUUUGCCAUUUAAAACAUCAUACAUUGUUGCACAUUGGAAAUAAUGAUUUGGAAAUUAACUUAACUAAUCCUCAAGAUAAAGUGUCAGUAGCUCAUGAAGUGGUUAAUAAUAUCGAACCAAAGAAACAGUCUACUCUUGUAUCAUCCAGCUCUAAUCAAAACAUUUCACAUUCUGUCAUUGGUUCCAGAGUUCUAUUAGCAACUGCAAUUGUCUUAGUAAAAAAUAAAUUUGGUGUGUACGUGCCCUGUCGUGCAAUAUUGGACUCGGCAUCUCAGUUAAACUUUAUAACAUCGCGUUUCGCAAAUCUGGCCCAGCUAAAGGUAAAACAUUCUAACGUAUAUAUCUCCGGAAUUGGUGAAGGAAGCAUUAACGCAGAUAAAAUAGCAGAUGUCGAAAUUAAGUCCCAUAGUAGCAGUUAUUCUGUUUCGUUUUCUGCGGUCGUCAUACCAGCUAUAACUGACUAUCAACCAAACAUAGAUAAUGAUGUUAGUAAGUUUAAAAUCCCGGAGAACAUCAAGUUAGCUGAUGAAGGAUUUUACAAAAGAAGCCGUAUUGAUCUAUUGAUUGGCGCAGGUCUAUUCUUUGAGCUUAUGAGCGUUGGCCAAAUUCGUUGUGGAAACAUUUCCACGAUUUUGCAAAAAACUCACCUUGGUUGGAUUGUAUCUGGUGGUGGUGUACUUCAUUCCAAGGCGCAUUCAUUGGCAGCUACGUGUAUGGUUAAGCCUGAUACUGAUAGCGAUUCAUCUUUAAUUGACAUUUUAAAGAGUUUUUGGGAAAUUGAAAACAACUUCGCUAAUUCUGAAAUUUCUCUCCCUGAACAUAAAUUCUGUGAGGAGCACUUUGCUCAAAAUACUAUUCAGCUACCUUCAGGUGAGUACUCAGUCUCCCUACCAAAGAAAUUGGAUACACAUAUGCUGGGUGAUUCAUAUGAUCGGGCACUUCACCGGUUUAAGAACCUCGAGAAAAAGUUGAGUAAGAUGCCAGAUACAAAGAAAAAAUAUGUUGAUUUUAUGAAGGAAUACUUAGAUCUUCAGCAUAUGUCGUUAGUUAAAAAUAUUCCGCAAGAUACACGAGCAUUCUUUCUUCCCCAUCACUGUGUUCAAAAGGAGGAUAGCACAACAACAAAACUAAGAGUUGUGUUUGAUGGUUCUGCAAAAUCAACUUCAGGCAUUUCCUUGAACGAUAUAUUAUAUGCGGGACCUACUAUACAACCAAAAUUGUUCAAUACAUUACUACGUUUUCGACUUUUUAGAGUGGCUUUGAGUGGAGAUAUAUCCAAAAUGUAUCGUUGUGUUCGAGUGAAUCCACCCGAUGACUAUCUUCAAUGUAUCCUGUGGAGAAAUAAUACAGAAGAAGAUAUACAAGUUUAUAAACUUGAUACUGUUACAUAUGGAACCAAACCAGCGGCUUUCCUUGCUAUAAGGACAAUGCAACAACUUUCAAUUGAUACAGAAACCAGCUUUCCUAUCGGUGCUCAAGUUAUUAGAAGAGAUUUUUAUGUGGACGACUUGAUCUCAGGCGCAAAUUCUAUUGAAGAAGUCGUAACUAUUAGAGAGCAAGUUACAGCUUUGUUAAAACGUGGUAACUUUCAAAUUCGUAAAUGGUGCUCUAAUGAAGAAUUAUCUUUGUAUGGCGUAUCAUCUAGUGAUCGUGAAACGUUUUUACAAUUUCAUGACGGAACAGAUAUAGUCAAAACUCUGGGACUAAUUUGGGAUCCAAAACUAGAUAAAUUUAUAUUUUCUUUUUCUCAUUUUGAUGAAAACCUCAAUACUACGAAAAGAAUUAUUUUAUCUUCUAUAGCCCGAUUUUAUGAUCCCCUCGGAUUAAUUGGACCCGUCAUCACCAAAGCCAAAAUAUUUAUGCAAAAUUUGUGGAAACUAAAAUUAGAUUGGGACGAGAGUCUGCCUCAAGCCUUACAUACAUCGUGGCUUGAAUAUGUUUCCACGUUUUCUAAUAUAUGCAAUUUCGAAUUUCCACGCUAUGUUUCCAUUCCAAAUGCGGACGUACAAAUACAUGGAUUUUGUGACGCAAGCUUGGCUGCUUAUGGAGCAUGUGUUUACGUUCGCUCCGAGAUUGAUGGUAAAAUUCAAGUAAGGCUGCUGUGUUCCAAAUCUCGAGUAGCACCUUUAAAGGUAUUAACCGUACCCAAAUUAGAAUUAUGUUCUGCACUACUCCUUGCAGAGCUGUUAGCAGAAAUAACAACAACAUUUGAAAAUGGUUACAAAUAUCACUGCUGGUCUGAUUCUAUGGUUGUCUUAUCAUGGUUGCAAGGUGAAUCUUCAAACUACAAUGUAUUUGUCGCCAACCGUGUAAGCCAAAUACAAAAUAUAACCAAAAAUAUGAUCUGGCGUCAUGUCCCAUCUUUAUCAAAUCCGGCGGAUAUCUUAUCAAGGGGAGCCACACCAGAAGAGCUAUUAAAAGAUAAUAUGUGGAUAAAUGGACCGAAGUUUUUGUAUCAGGGUUUGGAAUGUUGGCCAAAUACAUCUAUUUUUGUUGAUAAUCUACCCGAAUGCCGACAAACAGUUUUAUCUACAUCAACCAAAAUUGCAGAUUUUUCGAUGUUAUUCAAUGUAAAAGACAAACACCCGACACUGGACACCGGACACCGAGCACACAGAGCAAGUGACAACAUUAUCAGAGUACACAACAUUGGUGGAAUGCUAGCAGAGCUUUCCACCGAGCUACAUAUGGCAGUUGCCACGUUACAGGCUAGCACCUGUGCCCGUGACAGAACCAGAACCAAACAGCAGCAGCAACAACAACAAAUUUGCUUAUUUGCUGCUUGCUUUCAUUUCAAAGCACCACCACCACCGCCGAAUGUUGAUUAA